AUUUUCGAGCGUUUUUGGGGCCGGCCUAAUGGAAAACAACCGAGACCUGUCAAAAUAGGGGACCACAACGAGCAGCUUGUGUGCAGUUUUGCCGACGGAUUCGGAGGUCGAAACGGCCCUCAUGUAGGUGAACGAGGGCCGAGUCUUGGUCUCGUCCGCCUCACCCGCACCCCCGCGUCCGCCACGCUCGUAAUGCACCUUGCCGGCUUGUGACAGACGAAGAUUUUGUUGAGGAAAGAUGGGCUGUUGCUGCAGCAAGCCGAAUCACGCUCGAAUGAGCUUAGGUGUGGAAGGGAAACCUUCAAGCAACGAUUAUGUCACCGAGGGUAAUCGGAUGCGCCAGCGCAGCGCUCAGCCCUGUGACCACAUCAGGGUGCAGCGGAAGCAUGAGAUGGAGAUGUCCGAGUUUUCCACCAGCAGCCACAAAAUCGUGGUCGGCGUCUUCAACUACCAGGCCAGAGAGCUGGCGGACGUGUCGUUCAGCAAAGGGGACCGAAUGCUUGUCAUUGACGACUCGGAGUCUGACUGGUGGCGAGUUCGGCAUCUGAAGACCAACAAGGAGGGCUUGGUCCCUUGGAACUUCGUCGCCGACGAGCGUUCCAUCGAGAGUGAAGACUGGUUCUUUGGCAAAAUCGUGCGUAAAGAAGCGGAAAAGCUGCUGCUGGCGCCAGAGAAUCCUCGAGGUACGUUCCUAAUCCGCAACUCUGAGCACAACCCUAGUGGGUUCAGCCUCAGCGUCAAGGACUGGGAGGAGCUGCGCGCACACCACGUCAAACACUACAAAAUCAAGUCGCUGGACAACGGCAAUGGAUUCUACAUUGCCACCAACCACGUCUUUCCUAGCCUCCAAAGUCUCGUCCAAGCUUAUAGCAAAAAUGCUUUGGGGCUGUGCCAUGUGCUAUCGAGGCCAUGUCCGAAGCCGAGACCGGAAAUGUGGGACUUGUCGCCAAUGCUGCGGGACCAGUGGGAAAUUGACCGCAAUGAAAUCACGCUUGUGCGAAAGCUAGGCCAGGGCAACUUUGGCGAAGUGUGGCUUGGAAACUGGAGAGACCUGCCGGUGGCCGUGAAGACCCUCAAGCCGGGCUCCAUGUCUCCACAGGCCUUCUUGGAGGAGGCUGCCAUCAUGAAGAAGUUCCGCCACAACAGACUGGUCGCUUUAUACGCCGUGUGCUCCAGGGAGGAGCCCAUUCUGAUCAUUCAAGAGUUCAUGAACAAAGGAUCUCUGCUCGAUUAUCUGAGACACGAGGGCAAGGAGAAUCUCUCGCUUGGAGAUCUGAUAUACAUUGCUGCUCAGGUUGCAAGUGGAAUGCAGUAUUUGGAGAAAUUGAACCUCAUUCAUAGAGACAUAGCUGCAAGAAAUAUUCUACUAGGAGAUAACAACGUGGCCAAAAUUUGUGACUUUGGUCUUGCGAAACUAAUCGAGGAUGACGAAUAUUGCCCAAGACAAGGUGCUCGGUUCCCUGUGAAAUGGACAGCACCGGAAGCGAUCAUCUACAACCGCUUCACAAUCAAGUCUGACGUCUGGUCGUACGGCAUCCUGCUGAUGGAGAUCUUCACGUACGGCCAGGUGCCCUACCCUGGCAUGAACACGAGGGACGUGAUCGAGGCCCUGGAGAGGGGCUACCGCAUGCCAAAGCCGACGUCGGUGCCCCUGCCGGACGAGAUCUACAACGUCAUGCUCAUGUGCUGGGACAACACGCCCGAGAAGAGACCCACGUUCGAGUUCCUGCAGCACUUCUUCGAGGACUUCAACGUCACCUCGGAGAUUCCGUACCGCGAGAUCUGAGUGAGCGGAGUGCAAAAAAAAUGAAGUUCCUUGUUUGGGAAAAAAAUCGGCACAAUUGCUCUAGCGCAGGACCAAGCGAGUAGUGGGUGGGCGUGUAUUGUGUUCAAUCCAAAAGAGCGGGGCCCUCGCGAUUGCAAUCUUAGCACUUGUUUGGUGCAUCUUUUUCGAAUCUCAUUGUUUUGUUGAAAAUGAGGCGAUCAAAGCACGAUUUUCAACUUUGAUUAUGAUAUCUUUGAGUGCCAAUUUAGGUACGCUGCGUAAAUUUUAAACUCAAGGGGUAAAAGCAUUUUAAUGCAGAUUAAUUUGAUGGUGAAAAAACUGUUUUUAGUGUUUAGGUGGACUGCAAUUUGUGUUGCUCUUUUCUUCCGCAAAUUUUCUAGUGUUUUAAAUUUACAGCCGCUCAUAGCCAGCACCAUGGUUUUUUUAUAGCUUAAAGCUGGAAGCUAAAAGUCUUACGGUUCAGCUAGACUAAGUCAAACAUUUCAAAAUUACAGUCUUUCUGUGGUCAGUAAAUUUACUAUUUUUUACAUUUUUCUAGCCAAGUGUACACUGCUGAAUAUUUGAAUCUUAAAUCUGAAGAAAUGUCAUUUGUCAUUUAAGCUUAAAAAAUUAACUGUGGUGCGAUACGUUGACGGCUUUAAGGAGAAAUUAAAAAAUUAAUAAGAUUUGUUCUUACACGUUUUUGAAAUACAGAAUAUUAACUAUGCUAGCCUCUAAAGAAUUUAUAUUUUAUUUUUUGAUUUCAUGUUAGUAAAUCUAUUUACAUUUUGAGCGUUUGGGGCCAAGUUUAAAUCAAGCUCUCGUUUAUGCUAAUGAUUUUUAAAGGAGGUGAAAUUUUCAUUGUUUAUCAUAAAUCAAGUUUGCAUUGAAGAGAAAAUCUUGUAACUCUCUGGCUUCUAGUCCAAAA